AUGAUCUUAUCAGAUUCAAAUCUAUUACAAUCUGACUACAUAGAUGGCAAAUAUCACAAGACCCGAUUGAUAACAAAUUUGGUUAUUGAAAGAAUUCGUGAAAUAAAGGAUAAAAUGGUCAAGGCUAGAAAAUAUGUCGUAAAAAGACAUUUCCAAGGGGUCCCAAAACGUGAUGACUUUGAAAUCGUAGAAUAUGAACUCCCUCCACUGAAGGAUGGUAACUUUACUGUCAAAUCCGAAUGGAUAAGUGUUGACCCUUACAUUCGCGCCUACAACCCCAACAUACCCACUCCAUAUGAUCAAUUCAGUUUCCAAUUGGGUAAAGUCGUGGAAUCCAAAAACCCUGACUUCCCCGUCGGAUGCAAAGUAGUUAGUCACAAGGGUUGGUGUGACUACACCGUGUUCGACGAUCUCGUUGAAGUUGAAAUUGGGUUCGCUAGUGUAUAUAAGCUUCCUGACUUACAUGGCCUUCCUGAGGAACUAGCUGUGGGUGCAUUAGGUAUGCCAGGAGUUACUGCUUACUUCGGUCUUCUAGAAAUAUGUCAACCUAAAGCGGGAGAAACGGUAGUAGUCACCGGCGCAGCUGGAGCAGUAGGUUCAAUCGUAGGACAGAUCGCGAAAAUUAAGGGAUGCAGAGUUAUCGGGUUUGCCGGCUCCGAUGACAAAGUUGAAUGGCUUGAGAAAGAACUCGGAUUCGAUAAAGCCAUCAACUACAAGACGGCAGAUGUUCGCAAAGCAUUGAAAGAAGCUGCACCGAACGGCGUGGACUGCUACUUCGACAACGUAGGAGGAGAGUUAACUGCUGUCAUCUAUAGUCAAAUGAAUAAGUUUGGCAGAGUAUCUCUGUGCGGUUGCAUCAGCUCUUACAAUGACGACCCCUCAAAGAUGACAAAGACGACUACGCUCCUGCCUUCAAUUUUGUUUAAUCAGCUGAAAAUUGAAGGUUUUAUCGUUUCGAGAUGGGCUUCACCCGAAAAUAGGUGGCCAGAAGCGAUAUCGCAACUGGCGCAGUGGAUUAAGAGUGGUAAUAUAAAGACGAGAAGCCAUGUCACUGAAGGAUUUGAUAAGAUAUACGAUGCAUUUAUCGGGAUGCUCGCAGGGGAAAAUAAGGGAAAAGCUGUUGUGAAAGUCUAA